GCAGGUCAUGUCUGUCUGUGUCUGUAUCCUCUCCCCGCGCAGUGAGAAUAAAGUAUCGGGAUCGCGCAGACGUGUUUUCUUUUCGUUAUGGAUAACGAAAAGCUCAUACAAAUUGUGAGAAAAUACAAACACCUUUAUGAUUUAAAUAAUAAAUAUUACAGUAACAAUCAGAAAAAGGAACAGGCGUGGAACGAAAUAGGAAAAAAACUUCAAAGUAGCGCAAGAGAAUGUAAAAAAGCGUGGGCACUGCUGCGAGAUGCGUACAGGCGUUGUGUAAGAAAGAGGAGAGAUAGUGAAAGUGGGAUGGCUAGUGUUCCCAAAAAGAAAUGGAAGUAUGAAGAUAAAAUGUCUUUCUUGUUACCACAUAUGAAGGAAAGGCCUACUUCAUGUCCAAUUUCAGAAGCACCACAUUUUGAAAGCGUUGACAACGUUUACGAAGAAGAGGAUAUUGCUAAUUCACUUAAAUUGGAAAUUUGGGAACAAUCUGAUACUCUGCUAACUACACCAGAGGUUAAUCGACAACCACAUGGUACACUGCCAGCAUCAACGCCGUCGCCAACUCAAUACUACCCUCAGCCAAGGAUCACUACAAAAGAUGAACUAAAUGAUAACAUACCUAGCACUUUACUUGUGCAGUAUUUAAUAGAUUCUAUGAAAAACACCCCACCACCGGAUGAAAUUGAACAAUUUAUGGCUGGAAUUGUAAGCACUGUACGAUCUUUUCCACCGAGAGACAGGGUUAUAGCAAAAGCUAAAAUAUUUGAAUUAAUCUCACACAUGGAAUUAGAAAUACUUAGUAGGCCAUCCACAAGUAAUUAACCUUUCCUGUAAUUUUUUUAAGUAGAAAGAUUAUAUGUAACAUUCUAGACAAAACUUUUUUGUUUUUACCUUUGCGUUAAGUUGUAACAUUUGCUAAUAGUUAAGUUGUUUUCACCAAUCCUUAAUGUGUGGUAAUUUACAAAACCCAAAUUUAUUGAAAUUACAUAAUCGAAGGCAUCUCGAUAAUAUGUGCAUUCAAAUUUACAUAGUAUCGAUCGCCACGUGUAGUCCAUUGAUCGAUUUGAUAGUGGUGUGGUGGUAGUGGUAGGGGGGAGGGAGAGGUUCCAUUGAUCGGCGCGGGCGGUCGACCUUGCGUUGCGGCGGAACUCUCGACCGCGCUGUGACGUCACCGGCUAGUAUUUGAAUAUCGUCACGCGGUGUCGAUGAACCGAGAAGAAUGCAUUGUUACGAAAACCGUCCAAGUGUUACAGGUAAUACGGUGAGCUGUCAUCAUGUCAUCGGGACAAGUGAGAACUGCACUACACUCAUUAUGAAUACGGUGUGUAGAAGCUAUUGGCAAAUAUGCAAUUGAUGUUAAAGAUAUAAGGGGC